AGAUGGCAUAUACUAUUUCAUAACAUGUUGUAGUGGCGUAUAUUUGAAGUAAUCAGUUAUUAUUAAAAAUUGAAAAAACAAAAAGCAAUUUUAACUGAUAUUUUAAAUUCAAGAUGAAGAGUAGAUUCAGUACACUCGACAUUAGAGCGGUUUUAGCAGAAUUACAAAGAUUCAUAGGUUUACGAGUCAACAACAUAUACGAUGUCGACCACAAGAUCUACUUGAUUAAAUUGGCCAAGCCGGACACUAAAGCAGUGAUUUUAAUUGAAUCGGGUAUUCGGAUACAUAGUACAGAAUUUGAAUGGCCGAAAAACCCAAUGCCGUCAGGAUUCUCUGUAAAACUGCGUAAACACUUGAAAGGCAGGCGUCUUGAAGUAAUAGAACAAAUUGGUUUGGAUAGAAUAAUAGAUUUGCAGUUCGGUUCCGGUGAAGCCGCCUAUCACAUUAUAUUAGAAUUAUACGACAGGGGAAAUAUUAUUCUAACGGAUUUUGAAUACGUAAUCAUGAAUAUUCUGAGACCGAGGACGGACGAAUGUCAAGAUGUUAAAUAUGCUGUUCGAGAAAAAUAUCCAAUAGAUCUUGCUAAAAGCUCUGGUGCUGACCCAAAUAUUGCAGAAAUUCUAGCUAACAGUAAAGAAGGAGAUCCACUGAAGAAAGUUCUAAUACCUCAAUUAGUUUAUGGGCCGGCUUUAAUAGAACAUUCUCUACUGGAAUGCGGAUUGGAUCCAUAUCAGAAAAUAGGCAAAACCUUCAAUGACACAUCUUUAUUGCAAGAUGCACUGCGAAUAUGUGACAAACUGUUUAGAGAGACUUGUCAACCGUGUAAGGGUUACAUUACUCAAAAAUUUGAAAAAAGAGUGACAGGUGGAGACGAUCAAUUAAUAACAUAUAAUGAAUUUCAUCCAUUCAAGUUUAAACAACACGAAAAAAAUUCCCAAAUUGAAUUUGAUUCCUUCGACAAGGCAUGUGAUGAAUUCUUCUCAAAAAGUGAAAGUCAAAAAUUAGAUAUUAAGGCACUGCAACAAGAGAAAGCUGCUUUAAAGAAAUUGAGCAAUGUUAAAAAAGAUCAUGAAAAACGGAUAGAUAAUUUGCAAAAAACACAAGAAAUUGAUCAAAGAAAAGCAGAAUUGAUUCAGAUAAAUUUAGAAUUAGUUGAAAAGGCUAUUAUGAUUGUUCAAAGCGCAUUAGCUAAUCAAAUUGCUUGGGAUGAAAUAGAACGCCUUGUGAAAGAAGCGCAAAAACAAGGAGAUACAAUCGCACUAGCAAUAAAGCAACUGAACCUUGAUAGAAAUCAUAUAACUCUUUUACUUUCGGAACCUUCUCUUAAUGAGGAUGACUAUGAAAAAAAUCCCAGCUUGAAACCUCAAAAAGUUGAAAUCGAUUUAGGUUUAACUACUUUUGCCAAUGCCAGGAAAUACUACGACGAAAAACGGCAAGCUUCGUUAAAAGAAAAAAAGACUAUAGAGGCUUCAUCCAAGGCUUUAAAAAAUGCCGAAAAGAAAACGAAAGAAACUUUAAAGGAAGCCUCAAAAAUAGCCUCUAUUAAUAAAGCCCGAAAAGUUUAUUGGUUUGAGAAGUUCCUCUGGUUUAUUAGUUCCGAGAAUUAUCUUGUAAUAGGCGGCAGAGACUCUCAGCAAAAUGAAAUGAUAGUUAAAAGAUAUAUGCGGUCGAAAGAUGUCUAUGUGCAUGCCGAUCUACACGGGGCUUGUAGUGUCAUUAUAAAAAAUCAUAUGGGAAAUGAGAUGCCGGUUCCACCGAAGACCUUAAAUGAGGCCGGUACAAUGGCCAUAUGCAAUAGUGCCGCCUGGGAUUCUAAAGUAGUAACUAGCGCUUGGUGGGUGAAUCCUAGUCAAGUUUCUAAAACAGCUCCUACAGGGGAAUAUUUGUCAACUGGGGCUUUCAUGAUUAGAGGGAAAAAAAAUUACUUACCCCCGUCUUAUCUUAUUUAUGGUUUCGGGUUCUUAUUUAAAUUGGAUGACGAUUGUAUUGAAAGGCAUAGAGGAGAACGUAAAGUAAGAGUUCUAGAGGAAGAAGACGAAGAAUUGGGAAUCAGUGAAAAGAAUAAGACUGAUUCAGAAAAUAAAAAUGAGGAGGAGCUAAAUAUGGAUGAUGAUGAUAAUGGUGAUAAUGAUGAUAGCGAGGGUGAUAAUGAUGGUGAUAAUAAUGGGUCUUAUGACACCUCGUCCGAAAAUGAAGAUCAGUGUUUUCCCAACACAUCCAUUAAAGUGGAGCUAAAAGCCGAAAAAGGAGCGACUGCUGCGGUUGAAAGAACGGAUAGUAAAUCGGAAGAAUAUGACAAUGCUGACAUAAUCCAUUUAGGCGAUGGUGUCCCACUUGACAUCAGUCGACAGGACUCCCAUUCAAGCUUGAAGGCCGGAGCCAAACUAUCAGCAAAACAGAGAAGAGAGAUGAAAAAAAAACAAAAGAAAGCUGAUGACCCUAGUUUGCAUCACAGUAAGAGCUACGAUGAUACAAAUGAUAAUGAUAAGAUUAAUGAAGAAUUGAUCAAGCAAAGAGACACCACCGAAACAAAACCCUCUGAACGCCAUGAGAGCCAGCAGCCCGUGAAAAGGGGUCAAAAGUCGAAAUUAAAAAAGAUCAAACAAAAAUACGGCGAUCAGGAUGAGGAAGAUAGGGAAAUGCGCAUGAAAAUUCUAGGGUCUAUGGCGAAUGAGGAGAAAAAAUUAAAGGGGAAAAAAGCUAAAGAUGCAAAACGUCAACAACUGCUCGAAGAGAAGAGGGAAAGGCAAGAGCAAGCAAAAAUACGACACCAGCAACGUUUAACAUCUGAAAAGGGUAGUACCCGAAACAUGAAAAUUGAGGCUGAAGAAGAGCAUGAUUCAGGAGAAGACGAGGGGGAUAAUGCCCAACAGGAAAACAUGAAAAUUCUAGAUACGCUUACAGGACAGCCAACGGUAGAGGAUACUUUAUUGUUUGCCAUACCAGUGUGCGCUCCCUAUUCAUCAUUAUCGAAUUACAAAUUCAAAGUAAAAGUAACACCUGGGAACAAUAAGAAAGGGAAAGCAUCGAAAAUGGUAGUCAACGCCUUUCUGGCUGACAAAUCGACAACGUCACGAGAAAAAGAUUUAUUUAAAAGUUUAAAGGAUGUGGACCUAUCUAGAAAUCUACCUGGUAAAGUGCGCAUUACUGCCGCGAACGUUCUCAAGUUACAAAAGGCCAAGAAAAAAUAA